AUGACAGUCCUAGGAAUAGGCACUGAUCUGAUAAGAAAGACAAGGUUUGAAACUAUUUUGACGAAGCACAACUAUCCAAACGUUACUUCAAGUCAUGUGGUUCGUCUUGCGAAGAGAAUCUUGCACCCAGAAAGAGAAUACCCUCUGUUUCUGAAAAGUUCAAAAGACUGCGAUAAGAGCCAAUGUGUACAACUUCUGGCAGGCUCAUGGUGUGUUAAAGAGGCACUGUUUAAAAGCUUAUCUUACAGCGAUCAACAAUUGUUUAGCUUCAAAGAUUGGUUCAAGUUAAACGACCCAAAAGGCCGUCCUUUUAUUAUGAAUCAAGAUUAUUUUACGAAACAUCCAAAUGAAGAGUUUCUGGUGAGCAUCACCCAUGAUGGAGACUAUAUUGCCUCUACAGUAAUACGACAACAACUUAAUAAUGCAUAG